UAUUCUUUCUCGCCUUGCACCCUUUAAAGACUCCCUAUUUUAUUUUUCUUCUUUCAGAUAAAAAGCGGCAAUGGCCAAUGCUCAAAUGAAAUCCGUCGCUGCUCUGUUUUUGUUCCUUAAUUUCUGCAUGUACGCCAUUGUUUUAGGGAUUGGUGGAUGGGCCGUCAACAAAGCUAUUGAUAACGGUUUUACCAUCGGACCUGGCUUCGAGCUUCCUGCGCAUUUCUCACCCGUUUACUUCCCCAUGGGAAAUGCUGCCACCGGAUUCUUCGUGACAUUUGCUAUGCUAGCCGGAGUUGCCGGUGUAGCAUCCGUAAUCGCCGGUAUCAACCAUAUUCGUUCAUGGCAUGCCGGUAGCUUACCAUCGGCAGCUUCGAUUGCUGGCAUUGCUUGGACUCUUACUUUACUCGCCAUGGGAUUUGCAUGUAAAGAAAUUGAGCUCGAAGUCAGGAACGCUCGCCUGAGAACAAUGGAAGCAUUUAUAAUCAUACUUACAGUUACACAGCUUUUCUACAUUGCAGCAAUUCACGGCGGCGCGUAA